AACCAGGUAAUAUAUGUGUAUUAUGUCCUCUUAUUUCCUCUUCAUCUCGUAAACCCCACAAAAAAAGUCCGCCGUGUAGUGCGAAAACCUCCAUUGUAGGGAUUUUAAGCUUUUUCAUCGACAUGACUGUCAAGAGGAGAAACGGAGGUCGAAACAAGCAUGGCCGUGGUCAUGUUGAUUUCAUUCGCUGUUCCAAUUGUGCAAAAUGUUGUCCCAAGGACAAGGCAAUCAAAAGGUUUGGUGUGAGAAACAUUGUGGAGCAAGCUGCAGUAAGGGAUGUUCAAGAAGCUUGUGUUUAUGAUGGCUACCAACUUCCUAAGAUCUACACCAAUUUGCAGUACUGUGUCUCUUGUGCAAUCCAUUCACAUGUUGUCAGGGUUCGCUCCGUUGAGGACAGAAGAAUCCGUGAGCCACCCCAGCGCUACAGACGUCGUGACGAUUCAGCCAAGACUGGUGCUCAAGGGCCUCCUCGUCCUGGUGCAACCCCUGCUAGAUCUUGAGCUUAUUCUACUAGCUGAGGCAGUUUUACUUGACAGACUGUUUCUAGGAAUUUGUUCUCUAUUGAUUUCAUGAAUAAAAUUGAGACAACUUAGGCAGUUACUUACUCAUAUUUGCUAUUCGAUCAAAAUACUACCCGAAUUUUGAUGGCAUUUUUGGAUUUUUGGAACAUUAUGGUUAUAUAUUCUAAUUAUUGCUGACACUAAUACGUCCCAUUUUAUUGUUUUAUUUCAACAUAAACAAAUUUAGUUUAUGAGAAUUUACUUUUGUAUCGGAUGAAAUAAGUAUCACAUUUUU